AUGAGUGCUCAUCGAGGAAGGCCAUCGACCCGAAGCUUAGGCCGUGGCCAACCUGCACCCACACCUGCACCUGUGUCUGAUACUUUGGGGGAGUCCAAUGGAGGGCUGCGACAAGAGAUGGAUGAGGUGCAUGAAGGUUUAGCAGGGAUACAGAGGACGAUUGAGAUGCUUGCUACCAAUCAAGUGAGGAAUGAUCAGGGACAGGAACAAGUUCAAGGGUUGGAGAGCAAUGCGGGAGGCCAACUAUUGAAGAAUUUUAUGGCGCUUCGACCUCCUGAAUUCUAUGGAGGUAUCAAUGUCUUGGCAGCGAAAAAUUGGAUGUUAUCCGUCGAGAAGCACCUUCGGACUAUGGGGUGUAGCAAUGCACAACGGGUGCAAUUUGCCACCUUCAUUUUGAGAGGAGAUGCUGAAAGAUGGUGGGAAAGCGCUCGUCAGAGGUUCAUAGGUAGGGAACCCUCUUGGGUUGAAUUUCAAGAAGCAUUUAAUGGGCAAUUUUUCCCCGACUGGAUUCGAGAGCAGAAGACAUAUGAGUUUAUUGAGCUAGUGCAAGGAAGUAAGUCAAUGGCUCAGUAUGAGACUGAGUUCAUUUUCUUAGCCAGAUUUGCUCUAGAAUUGGUGUCGACUGAAGCGAAGAAAACUGCAAAAUUCCAGAAGGGUCUACGAGCUGACAUUCGACAUGCAUUAGCUGGAGCAAGGAUUUUGGAUUACUUAACUGUGGUACAGAGAGCUUACGUCAUUGAACGAGACAAGAUUGAACUAGGGAAUGGACAACGAUGCAUAAAGGAACAGGCAAGGCACAUGCGAAGAGAAUGUCCUCGUAGUCAAGAUAAGGCAAUGGCUAACAUAGAAGUGAAGUGCUUUCGAUGUGGACAGAAGGGUCACCUAGCAAAUAAUUGUUCGCAAUUGGCCCAGCCUCAGUACGAAGGACAAAGAUUUAGAGGACAGGGACCCCAGCUUAACCAGAGGCUAGCAGCACCUAGGGCACAAGAAGUAGUCCCACAGAUGAUGAUGCCACAGCACCCUGCUGCUGCAGAUAAACCCCGUAUGCAAGGAAAGGUGUUUGCCCUAACAGCAACAAAUGCAAAGCAAGGGAACGAGAUAAUUCAAGCAUCCCUCAAGACACGCAUCCCAGAAAAUUGUCGAGGCAAUGGAUAUAAAGGUUUCAGCACUUUCUGA